UUUUUUGGUUCAAAUUUAAAACACAAAGCUCAAUUUGAACUCUCUAUCAGACGUUGGUUGAUAAGGGAGCGGGUGAUAGCCACCCCCAAUCCUAACCCCGCUCUCUCUCACAAUCCCUGUGUGUGGAAUUUCAAGUUGGAACCCUAAUUUCGAUUUAUUCCAACGCCGACUGGAUAGAAGAGAAGAGAGGGAGAGGGAGAGGAAGAUGAGUAGCCAAGUGGCGCCUUCCGGUCCGAGGAGGAACAGCCUGAGUCAGAAACAACGCGGUUCCUCCGCCGUCAAGAAAUCAGUCUCCUCUGACAACGGAAAUGUUUCCAAACCCUCUUCUCCUCCUGCCCCUCCAACGUCUGUUGGUGUGGAAAGGACGGUGAAGAAGCUCAGGUUGUCGAAAGCCCUUACGAUAUCCGAGGGCACCACCGUUUCCGACGCCUGUCGGAGGAUGGCUGCUCGUCGCGUCGACGCCGUUCUGUUAACUGAUGCGAAUGCGUUGCUUUCUGGAAUCCUUACUGAUAAGGACAUUGCCACUAGAGUUAUAGGGGAGGGUUUGAGACCGGAGCAGACUAUAGUUUCGAAAAUCAUGACGCGCAAUCCUAUUUUUCUGACCUCAGAUUCGUUAGCAAUUGAAGCUCUGCAGAAGAUGGUUAAUGGCAAAUUCAGGCACCUCCCUGUUGUAGAAAAUGGUGAAGUUAUUGCCUUGCUGGAUAUCACAAAGUGUCUUUAUGAUGCUAUAUCUAGAAUGGAGAAGGCUGCCGAACAUGGUAGUGCAAUUGCUGCUGCAGUUGAAGGGGUGGAACGCCAGUGGGGCAAUUUUUCUGCUCCAUAUGCUUUUAUAGAGACGUUGAGGGAUCGGAUGUUCAAGCCUUCUUUGUCGACUAUCAUUGCUGAAAAUAUCAAGGUUGCAGUUGUAUCGCCAUCAGAUCCUGUGUAUGUUGCUGCCAAAAGGAUGCGGGACUUGCGGGUAAAUUCAGUUGUUGUUAUGACAGGGAACAAGAUUCAGGGGAUACUUACUUCAAAGGAUAUCCUUAUGCGAGUGGUGUCACAAAACCUCUCUCCUGAAUUGACUCUGGUGGAAAAGGUAAUGACGCCAAAUCCAGAAUGUGCAACGUUAGAUACAACAAUUCUUGAUGCUCUGCAUAUAAUGCAUGAUGGGAAGUUUCUACAUCUUCCUGUUUUGGAUAGAGAUGGAUGUGUGGCUGCUUGCAUAGAUGUUCUGCAGAUAACGCAUGCAGCAAUCUCUAUGGCUGAAAAUGGCUCUGGAGCUGUUAAUGACAUGGCAAACACCAUGAUGCAAAAGUUCUGGGAUUCAGCACUUUCAUUAGAGCCACCUGAUGAUUUUGACACCCAUAGUGAAUUGUCUGGAUUUAUGGCUUCGGAUGGGACAGAAGGGAAGUUUAACUAUCCGUCUCUUGGUCUUGGAAAUUCAUUCACCUUCAAAUUUGAGGAUCUUAAGGGUCGUGUACAUCGAGUCAAUUCUGGCCAUGUGACAGACGCUGGGAAAAUUUCCUGACGUUAAUUGUAGGCAUCUUAUUGAAUGAUUUCUGAAAGCACUGGAAGGAUUUAGAAUUUGUUCCCUUUAAGCUGUAGCUGAGUUGAGAAGAGCAUAUUCACUAAUUAUACAAGCACCCAUACACAUGGAAGGGGUCACACACCAACAUUCGCUAGAUACAUUCUAUUUAUUUAUUUAUUUUUUUUCCCCUGUUUACUUCCAUUAUCACAUGAUAAUAGUCCAAUUUUCUUUCAUUCGGUGUUCCUAGAUAUUUGUCCUUUACAUAUUUGUAUGAGGGUUUCAACACAGGAUUUACAGAUGGGGUUGUGGUGGUUUAAUUGGAGAUGGAAACAACAUGGUGGUGUGAAAUUGGCUGUCAAGAAAUGCAAUCAUUAAGUAGCAUGGCAGAUAUGGUGAUUCAAUGGUGUAGUUGGUGAUGGAAGAAUUGUACUAUCUAUGGUGAUACUUGUGUUGUAUGUAAUAUAUAUGUAUAAAUUUUAUAAACAAAUUUGUGCUCAUAAUGUUCGCAUAUUUAUGGUUGUGGUUAUGUUGGUUGUGAGCUGAUGAAAGCAGUUUUGCCGGAUGUUGGAAAUUGGGGUUAGGUCACUUGUAGUGUAGUGCAAAAGUGAAGGGGGUAGUUUGACAAUGAUUAUGAGCACGACAAACAAAUGUUGGUGCAUUCAAGGCUUGCUUUUUUAAUUAAAAAGUUCCUUUUUGCAAGAAAGAGAAAGCUUCUGUUAAUAUCUUUUUCAGGCUCUUGAGUGUCUGGAGUAUGUUGGAAUUGCUAUCGUAAUGUGCUAGACAUGGUUAUACUUCUGAUUUUCUUCAGGCACUGAACAUUUG